CAUCAAGUAGCGACGACUAAUUGAGGUGCACGAGCGUCUCGAAUCUUGUGAUCAGUUACCUGGAGAACUAUCGGGAUGGGAGCCUGUUGCCGCAGAGUGAGCCGACUUUAAAACGUAUCACACUGAGGCAGAAAAGAAAUAGAAAAAGCUGCUGUUUACUGGAACAUCUUAAUGGAUGUGAAGCAGGAGAGCUGUGAUGUGGACAUGAAUAUCAUGGUUAUUAAGGAGGAGGACUGUGAGUGGGAGUCCAUCUAUUCUAAACAAGAAAGUCUGAACAUCAAGAAAGAGAAUAGUGAACUGUGGUCAGUGGGCAUUCAAGAAGAAGGUGAAGAGAAGUCUGUCAGUUUUGAGACACAUAACCAUACAACUCUAAAGAGUAUUGAGAAAGACGACUUUAAUGAUGGGUGUCAAGAUGGAGUGGUGACCAGAUUAGACUCUUCUCAAAGCAGACACUCUUCAUCUCCAGAGCCUUCCAUCAAUGCGAAGUCUGAAUCAUUACAGUCUGGACCAAAGAGGGCUGAGGAAACUACAUCUGUUACAACUCCGGAAAAUCAGCCAUCACCUACGACAAAGUCUGGGAAAAGAAACAAACAUCACUGCUGUCUGGAAUGUGGCAAAGGAUUCUCAGGCAGGAGUGCUCUUCAGAUCCACACUAGAGUUCACACCGGAGAGAAGCCAUAUUGCUGUAAUGAAUGUGGCAGACAGUUCUCUUACAGGAACAGUUUUCAAAUCCACACAAGAAUUCACACUGGAGAAAAGCCAUAUUGCUGUGUGGAAUGUGGCAAAAAAUUCUGUCACACGACUUCGCUGCAAAGACACACAACAAUUCACACCGGAGAGAAGCCAUAUUGCUGUAGUGAAUGUGGUAAACAGUUUUCACAAAUCGGCAAUCUUCAGACACACGCUAGAGUUCACAGUGGAGAGAAGCCCUUUCACUGUAAUGAAUGUGGGAAACAAUUUUCAGGAAGGGGCCAUCUUCAGAGACACAGUAGAAUUCACACCGGAGAGAAGCCGUAUCGUUGUAAUGAAUGUGGGAAACAGUUUUCACAAAUAGGCAAUCUUCAGACACACACUAGAGUUCACACCGGAAUAAAAACAGUAAGAGCUUAAAAAUCAGUUCAGAAAAACAAGCACGCUUCAGGACUCAUGAGUGAAGUUCACUCCUGUUCUGAAAAAUAAGGAAACCAAACUAUUGGUGAGAAAUUAAUCCCAGAGAGAAACCAUGUUGGUGUCUAGAAUGUGGGAAACAAUUCUGUCAGAGCAGUACUCUUCAGAGAUGCACCGGAACUCCCACAGGAGAGAAGUACAACUGAAAAGUCCUGACUAAAGAGUGAGGUUCACUCCUGCCUGGACAGUAAGCACAUGUAACCGACUGGAAUCCAUCCUACUCUGUGUUCUGUUAGAAAGAAGUCAACGUAGAGCAGGGGUUCCCAAACCCCAGUCCGCGGCCCGACAGCUGGGCCGCAAGAUUCACUCAGUGAAGGGCUACAACAAAAGGCUGCCCCAUUCACUGAGGACACUUUUCAGAACGCUAGGCGGGCGGGGCU